CCUCCGGAGACUGUAAACACCAGCAGCUGCAGGUCUGCGGUCCGAGGACCGUCAACAUCAGCAGGGCUACAGGUCCAGGUCCAGGUCCGCGUCCGUGUCCCGGGACGUGAGGCGGCGCAGCGGCAGCGGCCGGGGCUGGGGGAUGCCCGGGCCCGCCGGUCCGUGGUGACACCUGGCCUGUCGCAGCGCCGGGAGCGCGGCCGUCCCGUGUAAGAUGUGGCUGAAGCUCUUCUUCCUGCUGCUCUAGACCAGUCAAUUCAGUCCAAGCUAAGACCGUCGGAGCGCCGGGAGCGCGGCCGUCCUCGUGUAAGAUGUGGCUGAAGCUCUUCUUCCUGCUGCUCUACUUCUGCCUGCUGUUCGUGCUGGCGCGCGUGCUGGAGGCGGUGGUGUGGUGCGAGAGCGGCGCGUUCCCGAUGCAGCUGGUGGACCCGCUGGGGCUGAGCUACGAGCAGCUGAAGACCGUCCUGGAGGGGCGGGGGCUGGGCCACUCCGGCCUGGAGGACCGGGGGGACGCCCGGGACCUGCUGCACAAGUCCGGAGAGCUGACCCAGGGGGAGCUGUACUCGGCCAUUAAGAAGGAGAAGGAGCAGAAGGAGGCUGGAGACGUCACCACCACCCUCUUCAGUGGGGAGACGCACUUCUACGAGCUGGUGGAGGACACUAAAGACGGAAUCUGGCUGGUUCAGGUCGUAGCCCAGGACCAGGAGGCCCUGCUCAGUCACACCAGCUGGGGGAAGAUGGUCCAGAAAGUGUCUCGUUUUGGGAUCAGAACUGGAACCUUCAACUGCUCCAGUGAUCACAGGUCUUGCCUCAAGCGUGGAUGGCAGCGCUCCACCCUCAUCAUGUCGGCUCCUAAGACCUCAGCCUCCAAGGGUAAAGUCAUGCUGAAGGAAUACGACGGCCGCUUCGUUGAGGCUGAGCGCGUGUUCCGCUGGAUGACCUCCCACGUGGCCCACCGGGUCAAGACCCUGCAGAGGCCGGAGCAGCUGAUGGAGGAGUGGAAGCCUGAUCAGGUCCACCCAGUAAAGAUGUUCCUGUUCGCCCGCCUGGCUCAGCCUCCCGCCUUCUUCUCCUCGCUGUCCGUCAAGUUCACCGGCAGGAUCGAGUUCAUCUUCGUGGACAUCCGUCACUGGAACAACCAGAGCAGCCUGUCGGACAUCGGUGUGACGCAGAGCCCCGCCUACAUCCUCAAGAUGCCUGAGGGCAUCUAUCGCUAUGGCAACAGUACCGGGGAGUUCCUGUCCCUCGCUGCCAUGGACACGUUUCUGCGCUCGGUCCAGCCCGAGGUCAACGACCUGUUCGUCCUCAGUCUGGUCCUCAUCAAUCUGCUGGCCUGGAUGGACCUUUUCAUCACACAGGGGGCAACGGUGAAACGGUUCGUGGCUUUGAUCCGAACUCUGGGAACCUAUAACUCCAUCCUGCUGGUGUCCUGGCUUCCUGUUCUGGCCCUGCUGCAGCUGCCGUCUCUGGACGCCCUGUACGCCUACAGUCUGAAGCUGCUGCGAUACGCCGACACUACCACCCUGGCCGGUCUGGUCCGAGCAGACUGGACUUUCUACUCCUCUCACCCAGCCCUCUUCCUGUCCACAUACCUGGCCUACGGCCUGCUCAUGGACUACUUUGAAAAGAAACGGCGCUGUGGCACCAGGAGCCAGGAGGACAGCUCCACCAACCUGGAGUGGCUGGCCAGUCUGUGGGACUGGUACGCUUCCUACCUGCUGCACCCCAUCGCCUCCUUCCAGCAGCCCCCAUCAGACUCAGACUGGGACGAUCCCAGCUUCUUCUUCUUUGAGCGCCUGGCGUUCCCCGACCUCUGGCUCCGCCCGCUGGUGAACAUGGACUAUAUUAAGGCGUUACCGACCUGGAGACUGACGGCUGAUCGCCCGCCGUCUGGGGAGCCGUGGGAUAAGGGCUCGGGGUCGGACCCAGAGAGUCAGGAUGCCAACGUAAGUCUCAGCAGAAGCUCCUCACCCUGCUGCCAUCAUGGAAAGUGCAGCUCGGCGUCGGCAGACGGAGAUCUCCCACCUGACGGCACCUCUGAGGAUCAGCGGUGUGACUGGUGGGACUGGCCCGCCGGGGUGCUCCCGUGUUCAGAGUGUGUGGUGUGCUUGGAGACCUUUGAGGGCGAGGAGCUGCUGAUGGCGCUGCCCUGUGGACACGCCUUCCACCAGCAGUGCAUCAUGGUCUGGUUGGCCGCAGGACGCCACUGCUGUCCGGUGUGUCGCUGGCCCAGCUACAAGAAGAAAGCGCUCGGCUGACGACCGGUGAAGGACUUGUUAACGGCUGGAACUGAACGUGGGUUUUCUCUGAAGUACCUUUAUGCUCAGACGGGAGAAGAUCAGACAGGAAGCUUCUGCUCAGGUUCAGAGACAACUAAACGGACUGAAAAUGUCACUAGUGAUAUGAUGCAACUAGUCAGUCUUCCUGGUUCCUGUCCACUUAUCUGUUGAUUUAUUUCAGGCCGGUGUUACUGGCACUAGCUUAAUUGAUGUUUAGAAAUGAACCUCUGUGUGACAUAAUACAGUCAUGUGACCUCUGAACGCCACGGCUUUGGUUUAACCUGUAGCUGAGGGUUAACUCCAACCACUGGAGGUCUUUGUUCACCUGUGUUAGUUUAAACCAGGUACUGGUGAGUGUACACUACCAGGAAGUACCGGGCAGUACUCACCAGUACCCGGUUUAAACCUGGUACAGUACUCACCAGUACCUGUUUUAAACCUGGUACAGUACUCACCUGCAGCAGGUUUAAACCUGGUACAGUACUCACCAGUACCUGGUUUAAGCCUGGUACAGUACUCACCAGUACCCGGUUUAAACCUGGGGCAGUACUCACCUGCAGCAGGUUUAACCUGGUACAGUACUCACCUGCAGCAGGUUUAAACCUGGUACAGUACUCACCUGCAGCAGGUUUAACCUGGUACAGUACUCACCUGCAGCAGGUUUAUAGCUGCUACUGGUGAGUUUGAACACAAGUCUCAUUUCUUUAACACCAGUAAACCUGGAUUUCCCUUACACACUCAUUUAACUCAGAUUUACCCUCAUUUUGACUGAUGCAGUACGCUGAUUCUGAAUUAAAGACCAAUAGAUUUAUAGCAAUUAUUUAUUAGUCAGAAUCACUACACAUUCAUGCUUAUUUCUGGCCUAAUAAUUGUGUUUUGGUGUUUCUGUUUUCAACUAUUAGCUGCUUUGAUAAAUUCCUACAUAACUGAACAGGUUUGAUUUCAUGUAGCUUCCUGUUGCCAGACAGUUUAGCUGAUCUUGUCCUGGUUAUGAUGUUUAAAUCAGCUGCUGGUUAAACAGCCACAUGUUAGCCACAUGCUAACUGCAACAAAGUUAACCAAAUGCUAACUACACCUACGUUAGCCACAUGCUAACUUUAGCUUUGUUAGCCACAUGCUAACUACAACUGUUUUAGCCAAAUGCUAACUGCAGAUAAGUUAGCCACACUCACAAACAAUGAGUAAUUACUCAACAUGUUGCAUAUUUAUAGUUUGUGGGUCAAAAAAUAGUUUUGAGCAAAUUCUGACAAACACCAUAAUGGUCAAUAUUAGGGGUUUACAGAGAAUUGUGGGAAGGAGAAACCUGGAGCCAAACUGUCCCUGACUAUCUCUUAAUGUGAUUUAGUUUUUGGUGAAUAAAUAAAGACGUGCUGUAACAUGUCA